CACUCAUUCCAAAACCGAACCGGUUUGGUUCCAUUUGUUUUUUUUUUUUUUUUUGAUAACUCUGGUAUCUGGGCAGCCACAAUCCCAACUAUCCCCCGAAAGGGGUCCAGCGCCCCAACGGAAGGGAUGUUAAAUCCGUUGUGGCCAAGACUCGAACCCGGGUGGCGGGCAGUACAGCUGUACCUCCUUUACCACCAAGCUACGAGCGCUUGGUUUCCAUUUGUUUUCUUCUUCAAUCGAAUACUUAUCAAGUCUCUCUUUAGAUCAUUGAGUUUUUAUUUUUAUCAAAUAUAACAACAUAUAUGUAAGAACAACAUUUCAUAAAUUAUUUAAGAACCAUGCCUUCUAAAAAUGUAAUACGUUACAGAGAGGCUAAGGUAGUAACUAAAUGUAAUAGUCAGGGUAACUAAAUGUUAAAGAAGUGAUGGUCCACAAUUUCAAGUGAUGGUCCAUUUCUCUUCUUCCUACUAGUCAUUUUCUCAAUCAUCAAAAAAUACAAUUAUAUACAUACAUAAGAGUAUGUGUAGAUAUGAAUUUUAUACACUUUGAUUGUGGAAGACGAUUACAUAACUUGCGUCACUUUCAUCACUACGAUCAUAUCAAGCUAACUCAUUUAAUUUACAACUUACCACGAAUAUAUCUGAUGAAUUGAUCUCUCUAAAGUUUAUUAUUAUUUUUUUUUUGACUAAGGGCAUUCAAAAAAGUUUAUUUUUCUUGUAUGAGUAUUCAUAUGAUCUCCAUAUUUCUUCCGAUUAAAAUUUAGGGUUUUCAUUAAGAAGCCACAAUGAUAAUGUCUUCGACCAGAUAAAAAUAUGUGAAAACAUAAUAGUGAUUAUGUGAUUAUAUGCUUUUUUUCCAUCAACUUCAAAACAAACUUAAAAAAAAAUGUAUAAACGUGUUUUUAAACGAUAAUAUUUUUCUUCAGAAUUAUAUGUCAUUAGCAAAUUUCAUAGAUAAGCUUCCUUCCGAAGUACAUGACAGUACCGACCAAAAAUCAAAAUCAAAUAAUGUCUCACAUGUCCAAACUUAGAAAACUCAUAUAUUCAACAAUUGUUUUUAUUUUUAAUCAUUCCAUUUAUUUUUCUGAAAAUGUCGUUUGCCCAAAAAAAUUUUAUAACUCUAUUUUCUUUUUUUAAGCAAAAAAUUAAAGAUUUGGAAUGUUGCUAUAUAAUCAAUGACACUUAGUAAUUCAAUAAGAAACGUCCUAAAAAGCAAUGACACUGGAAGCUUUAACAUCAAACGGUCUCUUAAACUUUGUUCUAUCCGAGACUCUUUCACCAACCUCAGAAAAUGACAUCAUCGAUCUCGAGCCACCGCCAGAAAAUGGCAUCAUCGUCUCCAAGAACACAGUUCCAGUGAUAUCUCAUCAAGAACCAUCGUCACGGCAACUACCACCGGCAAGAAGAGGGAAGAAGCGGAAGAGGAGGAAGCCUAGGGUGUGCAAAAACGAAGAAGAAGCUGAGAAUCAACGAAUCACUCACAUCGCCGUAGAAAGAAAUCGAAGAAGACAGAUGAAUCAACAUCUCUCUGUCUUAAGAUCUCUCAUGCCUCAGCCUUUUGCUCAGAAGGGAGAUCAAGCUUCAAUAGUUGGUGGAGCCAUAGAUUUUAUCAAAGAACUUGAACAACAAUUACUAUCUCUUGAAGCUCAAAAGCUUCAAAAGGCUCAAACAAACCAGACGGGUAGUUCUUCAACAAGUCAAGACUCUAACGGCGAACGGGAGAAUGCCCAUCAACCAUGUUCGCUAUCCCUCUCACACUUCUUUCUCCACUCUUACGACCCAAGCCAGGAGAAUAGAGUUGGCACAACAAGCUCCGUGAGUACCGCUAUGGAAGAUCUCGAAGUGACCCUAAUCGAAACUCAUGCUAACAUAAAAAUCUUGUCGAGAAGAAGAGGUUUCCGAUGGACAACGGUGGCCACCACCGGGCCACCACAACUUUCCAGGCUCAUGGCUGCCUUACAAUCACUCUCCCUCUCCGUGCUUCACCUCAGUGUAACAACAUUGGACACUUUUGCUAUCUACUCCAUCAGCACUAAGGUUCGGUUUUUGAUUCUCGAUUUUUAUGCACAUGCAUGAACGGUCAGAGAACAGAGAGAAGAAUCACUGAACAUGAAUGUCUACGAAGUACAAACUCUUAGGAGGAGUUAUUGGGAGUUGAAUUUGUAUAGAGUUUGUGAAUUUUAAAAGUCGAUAGAUUUUAAAAGUUAUGUGGAUUGUGAAAAUUUAUAAACAUUGACUUAUGAAUUUUGAUCAUCACUUUUUUGGAUUAGUAUAAAUUUUCAUGAAUUUGUAUUACCUAUUUUCUAUCAUUCUUUUUGUAAAGUAAAUAUACAAUUUAUUUAUUUUCUAAAUCCUAUAGCAUUAUUAUUUAUUUUUUCUUCCAAAUUUAAAAGAAAAAUAAUAGUGACACAUACAAAAUUCGACAAUUUUUCUUAAAUAGAAAUUUAAAGUUUUUGUCACAAAAAAAAACAUUCAAAGAGAAAAAUGCCUAAAA